AUGGGCGAGGCCAGCGGUUUCUGGGGAUACACCGCAGAGAUCCUUCUAUGCCAGGAGCGCGACCGGGCAGCCGAUCCCACCAGCUGGGAGAUCCGUGGCACCGACAAGGUCCUGCCGGCGCUGGCGUCGUUCCCACCCGACGUGCUGGAGCUGUACAGCAAGAUCGACUACCGUAUGGGCAACCAGCAGAGCAGUGAGUUCCUCGAGCGGGCGUUUGCGCGGGAGGACGGCACCACGUGGGACUACGUAUUCAAUUUUGCCCCCGAAUACAAGUUCGGGCAGUCGAAGCAGGUAUACGAGCAGCAUGUUGGCUCAUUUGUGCACCUGUCCAGCGCACACAUCUUCAAGGCUGACGGCAACACCAAGCACAAAGAAGACAGCGAGCUGGAGGCCCCCAACGCAUUGGCUGAGAGCUACAUCGAGGCAGAGGACGACCUGAAGCAGAUCCCUGAGCUGCCGCUGAACGUGGUGCCAAUGCUGAUUAUGGCUCAGAUCAGCAAGGUCGAGGGCGAGAAAAUGGACGUGCUGUGGGAUAAGGCGCUGCGCGUCAACACAGUGCACGUCGACGAUGUAGCCCUGGCUGCCCUGAAGGUCGCACAGUGGCACAAGGGCAAGCAGGGCACGGCUGUCUUUAAUCUGUCUGACCCUGGAGACACAACCAAUUCGCACCUGGCCAAGUGUGUUGGCAAGCUGUUUGACAUCGAGCUCAGCUUCCAGAACGCAGCGAUCAACUUUAUCGUCAAGCGCCUGCGCACCGCCGAAUUAACAGAGGAGGUCAACGGCAACAUCGCAAACUCGCAGCUGUCGCCGUACCUCGACCAGGAGCACCCGUACUGCACACUCGAGAAGUACCCGCUCGGUGUUGACGGCUCCCUGAUCACCAGCAUCCCCGAAAUCGGGUUCAAGUACUCGUACGAGACUUUCAAGAACAUUGGCCUGUGGCCCAAGGUUUAA